AUGGCUUUCGUCCCCAAGAAAGCCGACGCAGAGCUAAUCUACGCCAAUGUAGUCGGAGUGAGCCUCAGAGACUUCGCUCCCCGUAAGGAAGUCGGCGACUGCGACGUCGUCCUUCGCGUACAAGACCCGAUUAGAAGACAAGUCUCCGAAUACGUCGUCCGAGCCCGGCCCCGACCCGACAUUGAAUCCGGCGGCAUCUGCCUUUCGGGCCACCAGAGAUCAUGGCUGAAGAUCGCUCUCACCGACCGCUUCGAUGCCGAACCUUUCGAUGCUGCCCAGCGGGGCACACCACCACUGCUGGCCAUGGACCUUGAGUUGUCUUGGGCUUCGGCCAAAAUCGACCCCAGCUAUUCCUUCCACUACCAACGAAUCCAAAACUUGGUCUACCAAAACUUCAAUACCUUCAUUGUUGCUCCUGGCCAGCCCUUCCUCGCAGACAUCGAGUCUCGCAAGAUUAUGAUGACUGUCAAGUCCGUCACUCUGCCUCCUCGAGGGAAAGGAGAGGCGCCCGUUACCACCAGCGACCCUAGAGCUCGCGGUUUCAUCACCCCGGACACCAUGUUGAGCCUUUUCAAGGACUCUAACUCCCCUAUGAAGCUCGAAGUCGCCGAUCACCAGCAGCACUCCGAACCUAUCAUUUCCCCCGACUUCAAGUUCGAGGAUAUGGGUAUCGGUGGUUUGCACGACGAGUUCUCUACCAUUUUCCGCAGAGCCUUUGCCUCGCGUGUGUUUCCCCCAGCUCUGGUCCAGAAGCUUGGCAUUCAGCACGUCAAGGGUAUCCUGCUCUAUGGUCCCCCGGGAACGGGAAAGACGCUCAUUGCGAGACAAAUCGGCAAGAUGCUUAACGCACGUGAGCCCAAGAUUAUCAACGGUCCUGAGGUUCUCAACAAAUUCGUCGGUCAAUCCGAAGAGAACAUCCGAAAGAUGUUCGCAGACGCCGAGAAGGAGUACAAGGAAAAGGGCGACCAGAGUGGCCUGCACAUUAUCAUUUUCGACGAGUUGGACGCUGUUUGCAAGCAGAGAGGUUCUGGUGCCGGAGGCGGCACUGGUGUCGGCGACAGUGUUGUUAACCAGCUUCUUACCAAGUUGGAUGGUGUGGACCAGCUCAACAAUAUCCUCCUCAUCGGUAUGACCAACCGUAAGGACAUGAUCGAUGAGGCUCUCUUGCGUCCGGGACGUCUGGAGGUUCAGCUGGAGAUCAGCCUGCCGAACGAGGAGGGACGCAAGGAGAUCUUCAUGAUUCACACUGCCAAGAUGCGCGACAACAACAUUAUGGACAACAACGUGAACAUCGACGCUCUUGCAGCCCAGACAAAGAACUACUCAGGUGCUGAGAUUUCUGGUGUCGUAAAGGCCGCGACGUCAUUCGCCUUCAACCGUCAUACCGAAGUUGGUAACAGCGCCAAGAUGAAGUCGGACGUCUCGGCGAUGAAGAUAACGAUGGGAGACUUCGAGAACGCGCUCACCGAAGUCAAGCCUGCCUACGGUGUUUCCGAGGAUGAACUGUCCAGUGCCUUGGGAAUGGGCAUGUUGCAGUUUAACGAGAAUAUUCCCGCAAUUAUCCGCACGAUCAAGGGCUAUAUCGACACCGUCAAUGAGUCCGACGUUCUUACCAGGAUACCUGUUCUUCUCCACGGACCCCCCGAAUCAGGAAAGACUGCUCUGGCUGCCCACACGGCCUCCAUGUCCGACUUCCCCUUCGUCAAGCUGGUUUCUCCCCAGCAUUUGACCGCUUUCCGCGACGAAUUCGGCAAGAAGGACUACCUCACCAAGGUCUUCACCGAUGCGUACAAGUCAGAGAAGAGUAUUGUCAUUCUCGACAACUUCGAGCAGUUGAUCGAGUGGAACCCCAUAGGACCUCGUUUUUCCAACUCUCUCCUCGACAGAAUCAUCUCCUUGAUCCAGACUCAGCCGCCCAAGGGCCGUCGUAUCCUCGUCAUGGUCACAACUUCGGAGCGCUUCGUUCUCGGCAACCUCGGCGUUCUCAAGCACUUCCGUCGCCAGGUGCCGGUGCCCGCCAUCUCUGACGUCCGAGAGCUCGCGCAAGUGCUGGGUCAAACCGGCAUGUUCAGACAGGGCGACAUUCAACAAGUUGUCAACUCACUUCGCAACGACACUCGGUCAGACAAGGUUGGUCUCGGUAUCAAGACAAUUCUGGAGUCAAUCGAGGAGUCAAAGAUCGAGGCCGCCUCGGAGGGCGGUAACAUGUUGGACAGUUUCGCCGCAAAACUGGCAACAGCGAUCUCGUCCAAUGCUCUGGAUUCUCAAUGA